AUGGCGGCCUUCAUGAAAGUGUUUCAGAACCUAGGUGAGAUGAUGACAUUGGGAAGAAGUGAUAUUGCUAUUACUCCGAGUUUUAUUGAGGGGUUAACUUUAGAAGGUCCCGUUGGCCAUGCUGCUAGAAAGAUAGCUUAUUUGAUGAGGUUACCAACAGAUGAGCAUAGGCUUAAAGUAGGGAUCAGCUGGUUUACAAAAUCUGUUGUUGAGUCAUUGUCUUCGCUACAAAGUAUCGUAUCCAAGGUCCUUUCAGACUCCUCUGUUCGUUCAGAUUGAUGUACAUAUAUCAUGGCUUAGCAUUUUGAUAGAGACAUUAGGCCAUAUUAGCAUUUAAACGUUAUGGCCUUGUUUCUGGUAUCACAAAUAACCGUGACGGGUAUCGUUGAUCCAAUUUCAUAAGUACUAAAUUCAGUGUACCAAUUGUUCAACUUAAGUUUUAGCCCUCAUCUAUUGUCAACAACUUUUAUUAUAGAUUUUGAUAACAUUGUAUCACUGGACUUUUCUAGGA